GCGUCAGCGCGCGCCGGAAGUGGGCCGCGGCUGGCAACGUGCGUGCGGGGAAGACGGAGCGGCUCCAUGGCGGCGGAGGCGAAAUAGACCCAGACCCGCCUGAACCAUGGCUGCCGGCGGAGUGCGCUUCAAGACCAACUAUGCUGCUUCCAGCAGAAUUGAACCAUUUUACAAAGGAGGAAAAGUACAGAUGAAUAAUGAUGGAACAUAUUUGUUCUGCACAUGUGGAACAAAGAUCAAUAUCUUGGAUGUUGGAACAGGGAAGGUCUUCAAGAGCAUUGAACAGGAAGAUCAAGAAGAUAUUACCAGCUUCAGUCUAAGCCCUGAUGAUGAGAUGCUGGUGACAGGUAGUCGUGCCUUGCUCUUGAAACAAUGGGACUGGAAAGAGAAUAUGUGUAUUCGUACAUGGAAAGCUAUUCACACCAGUCCAGUGGCGAGCAUGGCUUUUGACUCUACCUCAACUUUAUUGGCCACAGGUGGAUGUGACAGUACUAUCAAGAUCUGGGAUGUUAUCAAGCAGUACUGCACACACAAUCUGAAGGGUUCCUGUGGAGUUGUCCACCUUGUUGAAUUUCACCCUGAUAUCUCACGACUUCAACUUUUCUCCUCUUCAAUGGACAAUAAAAUCCGACUUUGGAGCCUGAAUACCAGCAAGUGCAUUGUGGUGCUGGAUGCCCACUACAGUGCUGUGACUUCCUUGGCUUUCACUUUAGAUGGCAACACUCUUGUCAGCUCCGGCCGAGAUAAAAUAUGUACCGUAUGGGACUUAGCAACCUACAAAUCACAGAGAACAAUUCCUGUGUUUGAGACUGUGGAAGCGGUAAUGUUGCUCCCAGAAGAUGAGGAUUUCACUCCCUUGGGGGUGAUGAGCAAAGGACAACAUUUUAUCACAGCGGGCAGCAAAGGGAUCCUUCGAAUUUGGGAAGCUCGUUCUGGAAAGUGCAUAUAUUCUCAGCGUGUGCCUGGUAAACCGAGAGAGGAAGUGGAAGAUAACGCAGAUGAGCAGACGCUGACUCACUGCAUGCUUGUCCCGGCAACAAGGAAGUUAACCACUGUCACAGCCGAACAUAAUAUCCUCAUCUAUGACCUGUGUACUCUGAAACUUGAGCGCCAGUUUGUUGGUUAUAACGAUGAGGUGCUGGACGUAAAAUUCCUGGGGCUUUCUGACACACACAUUGUGGUAGCUACAAACAGUCCACAGCUGAAAGUCUUUGAGCUGGCAACAUUAAAUUGUCAAGUCCUAUAUGGGCACUCAGACACUGUAUUAGCUCUGGAUGUUUUUGAAAAAGCGACCAGAUUUGCCAGCUGUUCUAAGGACAAAACUAUUCGAGUCUGGAGAAUGAAUAAGGAGACGGGCAAGGUGAAAUGUGUGGCACAGGGGUUAGGACAUGCUCACUCUGUUGGCGUUAUUUCUUGCUCACGAUUGAAAACGAAUUUCAUCGUGAGUGGAAGCCAGGAUUGCACCGUAAAGCUGUGGAACGUCACAAAACCCCCAGCAGCUCAGAGCGAGGAGCAAACCGCGGAGCCUGAAGCCCUUCAUGCUGCUUUGACCGAGAAGGCUCACGACAAAGACAUAAACAGCGUGGUUGUUUCUCCGAACGACAAGCUGAUAGCAACGGGCUCGCAGGACAGGACCGCAAAGCUCUGGUCUCGUUCCAACUUCUCACUCCUGGGAGUAUUCCGAGGCCACAAACGUGGGAUUUGGUGCGUCCAGUUUUCCCCUGUGGACCAAAUCCUUGGCACCUCGUCAGCAGACGGCACCGUCAAACUGUGGGGGCUUCAGGACUUCAACUGUUUAAAGACGUUUGAAGGCCACGAUGCAUCGGUACUGAAAAUAAUUUUCGUCAGCCGUGGAACUCAGCUGUUGACCAGCGGGUCUGAUGGUCUCCUGAAGCUCUGGACCAUUAAAACGAACGAAUGUGUAAAAACAAUAGAUGCCCAUGAGAAUAAGGUGUGGGGUUUGCAUUCUGACAAGAAAGAUGACUUGGUUGUCACUGGAUCAGGAGAUUCAUGCAUUAUUAUCUGGAAGGAUGUCACCGAGAUGGAGCUUGCAGAAGAGCAGGCCAAACAGGAAGAGCAAAUUUUGAAGCGACAAGAAUUAUCUAAUUUAUUGCAUGAGAAGAAAUACUUGAAAGCUUUGGGAUUGGCCAUCUCUUUGGACCAUCCCCAAACAGUACUCUCCGUGAUUAAAGCUCUUCUCGGCGAUUGUAAUGGGCAGGAAAAACUGGAAUCAAUAAUACUCAAAUUGCGACAAGAUCAAAAAGAGUCGAUAUUAAAGUUCAGCAUGGUGUGGAACACCAACUCUAGAAACUGUCACGAGGCUCAACAUGUCAUCCAGAUCCUCCUGAGAAACGAAUCUCCUGACCAUCUUCUUCAGUACGGUGGUGUGAAAGCUGCUCUGGAAGGACUAAUCCCCUAUUCUGAGCGGCACUUCCAGAGAAUCAACAGAUUGUUGCAGGCUUCGAUGUUUUUGGAUUAUAUGUGGCAGAAUAUGAGACUGACUGGUAAAUCCAGUGAUCCUGACCUACAGACUGAAGAAAUGGAGAUAGAGCCAUCAACGCCAAUGGACAGAACAGCUCCUUGGAACAAAAGUGCGAUGAUUACCCAAAAAAUCAACGACAGCGAGUCUGAAGAAAGUGAAGGUUACGAUAGCGACUCCAUUGCAUCAGACGAAGGAAGUUGCAACAAACAGAGGCGUCUCCAUGCAGCUGGGGAGUUCUUCAAAGAGAAUUUGGAGCCACAGUUAGAAUAUACGAGUGGCUCGGAGGAAGACGAGGAUGCUGGGGAUCAGAUGGAAAAGACAAUUGUGGAAAAAGUGAAACCAAACCAACCUCGCAUCAAAAAUAUAUCAAAGUCUCUCAAAAUGAAAUGACGCUUUGUCAAGGCUUCGGAAAGGCUGCAGUCUUCAGGAUGUGCUGUAAACUCUCUGCAUAUGAACUGAUUUGCAAUUAGUCCUAACUUUGAUGCUUAAUGCCAGGCAUUGGGAGUUUUAAACCAUAUAAUUCAUGAGUUCCUUUCCUCUCUGGGGAAAAUAAGUUCAGAAGUGAUGGGAGCAGAAUUAAAGAGCCAAUAAUGUUUCAUUGUCUAAUAGUCCCAGAUAAGAACAAUGGAAUUCUUGCAGCAGCACAACAGAAUAUGUAUGAAUUAGGCCAUUCAGCCCAUCAAGUCUACUCUGGCAAUCAAUCAUGGCUGAUCUAACUCUCCCCUUCAACCCCAUUCUCCUGCCUUCUCCCCAUGACCCCUGAUGUUGCUUUAAAAAUGGCAAUUCCAAUUUUAUACUUUCAGACCACAAAUUUACAAUAAAGUUUCCAUCUUGCUAAACACUUUUUUAAAGGUGAUAUCUUGAUGAACACCAUUGCGUAAAACAUUGGUUUUCACACUAUAAACGCUAACUGCUCAUUUUAAUAUUAGUGAUAAUAAAAAGGACAAUUUAAUUUUU